AUGUACACAAUUUUUAAAUCGAUAGCAUUCAAGAUCCACAACCAGACCUCUCGUCUCUUCCCCGAACAAACUUCUCUCAAACAGACAAGCAAGGAACUGCUUCCAAGCUGCAAAACCACCGGCUUCAAGAAGCUAUCAGAUCUUCGACAUCAUCAGCAUUCCCACGAGGCGCCUCGAUUCUUUUGUCCCGCGAGAGCCUGUAAAGCUCAGAUUAGGGGUUUCAAACGAAAAGACAAUCUCACAGACCAUCAGAAACGAGUCCACGAGGCAAAUGCACGAGCUUCUGUGGUUGCGUCUCAAGAUUCGAAACCCAGCGCUUGA